CACAACUACCACGUGUCCAAGUCCAUACUGUACCUCAUACAUUGGCAUUCGGCAGGCAGAUGUCGAUCUUUGCGGAUGUCUAAGAGACUGUGCUGGAUCCACGACUCCAUCAAUUACAGAAGAUAUAUCCACUGAACCUGAAAAUAACAUUUCGAGGUGUCGUGAUGGCAGGGAUGAGCAGAGGUCGAGGAAGGAACCAGUUUACCUUUAAUGUGGACGCACUAGGUUUCGGAAGGGGUGAUUCUUUACCUACAACUACUCAUACGCCUUCUCCUCUUUUUCCUCCUAUGCAAUUUCAGCCAGUGCCUCUGCAUACAGGUGAAGAAGUGGAAUAUAUGCUCGCUCUCAAGCAGGAACUGAGAGCAUCCAGCAAGAAUCUGCCUUUCCACAUUAGAGCAGCCAGAACAAAGAGAGAUGUGUCACGUUACUCUGAUAAAUAUCAAACUGGAGAGCCAAAAAACAACACCAUUGAAUGGAGUCCAGACUGGAGCCGACUGCCGAAAGAGCUUUGCAUUAAAGUACGAAAACCCCGGAAAACAAUCAUAGGUGCCAAGCAGCAACUCAAGCAGAGACCAAAAGUAACUGCAUCCAAAGAAGAGUUUCUUCAAAAACUAGAGACACUUGAGAAGGAAGAAGUGCAUUCUGAGGAAGAGGAGGAUGAGGAGAAGAAGAAGAAGAAACAGAAUGAUGACGAAGAGGAGGAUCCAGAAGUGGAGGAAGAUUAUGAUGAAGAGGAGCUUGAGGAUGAGACAGACUACAUCGUGUCUUACUUUGACAACGGAGAGGAUUUUGGAGGAGAUAGUGAUGACAAUAUGGAUGAAGCUGUCUACUAAUACAUUUCAAGAGGCCUUUUAUUUAAUUUAUCACUGUGGGAUGCAUAAUACUGAAAGUAUGUCUUCAUAAUGUAAGUGGCUGAAUUGAAUUUCACAACUAAUGUUAAUAAGAUCCAGAGAGUCUGUGCUGCUAUUGAGAUGCUCUUCUGUGAUUUCUGAGCUCUUUCACAUAAGCUGUGUGAUGGACAUACAGAUAUUGCUGCUAUUCACACGUGUGCUGGAAUUUUACUGAAAGACAAUCUCAGUGUGCUUUUAAGCGUUAUUACUGGAAUUGGAAAACUCUGAAUUAAAAGGGAACAUACGUGAUGAUUCCUCUUUGUGAGAUAGGAAAUGACACUACAGACUGUUUGCCUGCAUAUUAAAGGCAUCUCAUGUUUACACCUGAUAAAGCCUUGAAUAGUGAAUUACAGCUGUAUGCGAGUAUCUAUUUCACGUGUUUUGAGCAUGUGAAAUAUUUGUUAUUAACAACAAAUAAAACCGAAUAAAGGAUGCAGAGAUGAUCAA